AACACUUCCUACUUUUGGUUUGAAAUCAAAGUGAUCUGUUAGUAAAAUUGGUAUGAAGGCGAUGCCAUUAAUAUAUCUACCAUUGUUAGUUACAUUUGUUACUAUUAUAGAGACAACAGGGGAGCCCUGUUCUACGGCAGGAAAUUUGCCAGUGGUCAAUAUAUGCACAGAUGAUACCAAAAAACAGGAUAAUAGCGAAUCUGUUUUAGUAAAGGCAAACACUAUGCGAAACUGUACAUGCGAACUUUCUGUGGUCAAUCAAGAUAAAGCAAUACCAGUUAAUAUGCAAAGAUUUGGUCAGAAGACAAGUUCAAGUCCAUUAGCUUACGGAUGUGGUUUGUUACUGAGGUUUGGUAAAAGAUCAAAUAACAGAUUUUGGGAAGCUCAAUGCGUAGUCGAUAAUAGCGUUAUCUUAAAUUCAAUACAAAUCAACGAAACAAUGACAAUUACUUCAAUUACUGUGAAUGGAACUUUGAAUGAUAAUGAAGGGUAUUGUAUUGAAAUAAAGAAAGCCGUCUCUGAUCAAUCGGGAAACCAACUGGAGCUAAAAUGUGGCAACGGCAGCACCAUUACAACUAACACAACACAAUCAGCAGAAAAAACAACAAAGAUGACUCUGACAACAACUCCAACGACGACCACGACAACAACAACAACAAUACCAACAACAACAGUUCCGACAACGACAACAACAACUGUACCACUACCAACAACAACUGUACCGAAGACGACAACAACAACUAAAAUACCAACAACCACAGUUCCGACAACGACAACAACAACAGUACCGAAAACAACAAAAACAACAACAACAACAGUACCAAAAACAACAGCAAUUGACACUAUUGAGUUCGAAAUUCUAAAUUUCACAAGUACCGAUGGUUCUGUAACCACAAACCAAGCAAGUGAACCGAAAAAUAAAGAUGAUGAUGACACAACAACAUUAGCAGUAGGUGCAUCGGUUGGAGGCUUUGUAACCAUUAUUGUUGUUAUUGCUGUGAUCUGUAUCUAUAGACGGUUCCGAAUAUUGUCGCAGUGUAAGAAAAGGACAUGUUCAGGAGCAAAUAUCAUUUAUGACACACUGAGUUUACCUUCAUCAGCAAAUGUCGUUGAAACUACCGGAAUCAGUAACAAUUAUAGUUCGUUAAAUAUAAAUGAUGUUCAGUCAACAAUUGAUAAUAGAAGAUUAGGUGAAACGCACAUCAUUCCAUUGUCUACUAUCAGUACAGCGCUGGAAAACAACAUAAUGGUGAAGGAAACUACAAGAAAUACAAAUAAAAGGAGAAGCAAAUACGCAAAUUUCGUUUUUUAGGAGGAGAAAUUUUUCCUUUAUUUUAUACGUCCUAAAAUAAGUAAUAUAAUAAACAUUGGAGUAAUUUCUUUAUAAAAAGGAUUUGCAAUAAAUGAACGGUUUUCUGUCGUCGUUAAUGAAUAAUCAUCUACCGUAAUUUAUACUUUCCAAAAUAAUCAUAUAUUAAACCAUUCACGACAGAUGAUUUAUCAAAUCUUGUUAGUGUGGCAAUAACCAAUAUAGACAAUACAGUCAAAUGGAAUAACUCAUUGGGAAUGAAUUUCAAUUUGUUAGUUUCUAAGUCUUGCAAACAAUUAAUUAAAUGGAUGCGUUUAAACAUUUACACCGUGAUAUGCACCAGCAUCAAUGAAAAGACAUCUCAAGAGACUUUGAGGAUCGUAAAAGAAAAGACUGAUCAGAUCUUACAAUGUUUAUUUCCAACUAGAAGACAAACAAGUGUGUAGAAUUCUUUGAAUCGAACCACCUUCCUUUGUACCUGUUGUUGCUGUCAGUAAUUUGGAAAUAUUUGUCAAACUUACGUCAUUGCAAUCGAAACUAGAAUGGACUACUUUGGUGUUAUAAUUAAAAGUGAACUUUUGGAACAACAUCUAUAAUAGAUAGCAUUUAAAUUGUAUAAGUUAUUUUAAGAGGAGCCGUAUUCUUCAUUUUUAGUCACCAAAAAUAACAGAACUGGACAAAAGUUUUGUAAAUGUUUCCAUUGAUACUUCCUUAGGCAAGGUUGACAAAAGAUAUUUUGAAUUAUUCUAGUAAGGCGAUAUUUGACAAUUUAAUUUUUCACUUACAUUAAUACUUUUAAGCAAUUUUACUGCACAAGAUACAUUCCAGUAUCGACAUAUAACGUCUCGUAUGUAAUACUCCAGGUCAAAAGUUUUGAAAACCGAAAACCCAAUACUAACUUCGUAAAGUUGAUAAAACCAGGAAGACCAUACCUAGGCAUGGAAUCAUAGCUAUGGAUGAGUGUUACAUUGCUUAUUUAAAAAUGAUUACCAAAGUGUAUACUACGUAACCGCGAAUUUCAUUAAAACGAUAUCCGUAAUGUCAUGCCACUUCAUAGGUACUGGGCUGGUGAUACCCUCGGGAACUAAAAUCCAUCAGCAAAGGUAUCGACUCAGUUGUAGUAAUAUAAUAAUGUUACCAUUUGUACUACACUGGAUGCAUAUUUUUACAAAAUGUUAUAAAAUCCAAAAUUUAUACAAACGUUGAAGACAUGAUAUAACAAAGACGGACCAAAAGUAAAGAUAAACAUUCCAUGCUUUAAGUGUUUAUAUGUCCAAGGAUAUAUAUGGUUUUCAUAGUUCAUA